GCACAGCGGACAGCCCACCUCACCUCGAGCUGCUGUGUGCGUGCCGUGGGACAGCCUCCGAGCUCCGCGCGACUGCUUCGCUGUCCGCCUUUAACUCCGUGACAGAGGGAGCUCCAGUCACCGUGCUCGAGAUCCGGGAGCAGCUCAAGUCCGCCAGCAAAGACGCGGAAAAAAAGAAAGCGGGUCCGGGCUGCCGGUGCAGGGGACAUUUCAGGUGUUCAGCUCUACUUUCAGAGGCUACUUUAGCCGGCAUCUGUCUCACCGCCGGACGGAAGACAGCCGCGUAUCACUGACGAGAGUCGAAGGAUAACCGAAGUGGACGUUUGCUUUCUUCCGCAAGAAGAUGGCAUCAAAUGACUCGCGGCUCCAGCAGCAGCCUUCUCCGAAGGAUGCGGCCGAUCAGAACUUUGACUACAUGUUCAAGCUGCUGAUCAUCGGCAACAGCAGCGUGGGAAAAACCUCCUUCCUGUUCCGCUACGCAGACGACUCCUUCACCUCCGCCUUCGUCAGCACCGUGGGCAUUGACUUCAAGGUUAAGACAGUCUUCCGCAACGACAAGAGGAUCAAGUUACAGAUUUGGGACACAGCAGGGCAGGAGCGUUACCGUACCAUCACCACAGCCUACUACAGAGGAGCCAUGGGCUUCCUGCUCAUGUAUGACAUCACCAACCAGGACUCCUUCAACGCAGUACAGGACUGGGCAACGCAGAUCAAGACAUACUCAUGGGACAAUGCUCAGGUGAUCCUGGUGGGUAACAAGUGUGACCUGGAGGACGACCGGCUCGUACCCACAGAGGACGGCCAGCGACUGGCAGAGGACCUCGGUUUCCAGUUCUUCGAGGCCAGCGCUAAGGACAACAUCAAUGUGAAGCAGGUGUUUGAGCGUCUAGUGGACGUCAUCUGUGAGAAGAUGAACGAGAGCAUGGAGGGAGACAUCAACCUUAUGGCCAACCACGGGAACCACCUUAAAGACUCGCCUUCAGAGAGCCACGGGGGCUGUGCUUGCUAAACCCCCUGCCUUCAUACCAAAUCCCUCAACACACACACACACACACACACACACACUGAUACUCAUACAUAAAGACCAACUCCUUCUCUGUGCCUCAACUAUGGAAAGUGCAGCACCUCUUCCUCUGUCUUCACUCCAGCACCGCACAGCACAGCACCAACCAACCGACAGCCCCGCUCCUCCCUCCUCCUCCUCCUCCUCCUCCUCUCUGUCUUUUUCCCUUUAAAGAAGCUCAGUCUGUCUCUGUGGUCUCGACCCAUUAGCCCUGUGGUAAAAUCUGCCCUGCAAUCUGUUCAACCACCGCUGCCGACAUUAGCAUUUUAAAUGUACUGAGCUGAAACAUUUGUUCAGUGGCUUUCAUUUUCUGAGACCAGUAUUUGUGCAGACAGCUUGAAGCUAGUGAUGCAGGAUGGCCAGGUCUAUAGAAGGCUUUACACUUCAGAUCAGAUCUGACUCCUAAACAGGAAGAUGCAGAAACCCUUUUAAACCAGACGAUACUGUAAAUACUAAAUGAAUCAUCUGCCUCACAGUUAUUCAGAAAGUGAUUACAGUGAAUAGAUGGUAGGAAAUGUCACAGCAGCUGCAGCGAUGAGCGUAUAGUGUGGGGCGCUUGUCCAAUAGGACGCUUCAUGCUCAUGGCUGUUUAAAGAGAGAAGUUUCAUUCAUUCAUUGAUUCAUUUGACAAACAAAUGUGACAUGAUGACUUUUGGACAGAGUUGGACUAGCUGUUUACCCAGCUUAGCUUAGCAUGAAGACUUUGGAUAGAUAAAGACAUAAUGUUACAUUUUGUUCCAUCUUGACAGAGUUGGGCUGACUGUUUCCCUCUACGCUAAGCUAAGCUAAGCUAAGAGCUGCUGGCUGUAGCUUCAUAUUCACUAUACUGAUAUUAGAGUGGCGUCAGUCCACUCAUUGACUUUCCUGUGAAGAAUUAGAUUAGAAGAUUGAUAGCAUGCUCAUGUCUGUAAGCUAAAUAUGAAGCUACAGUCAGCAGCCUGCUAAGCUUACCUUAGCUUAUUUUAGCUUAGCUUAGCAUGAAGAUAUUUUGGAUUUAGCGGUAGCUUGGUAUUUAAAGUAUAGAUAUUCGAUCGGUAUCAGUCUUGGAAUGUUGAAUACAAACAAUAUUCUUAACACAUGGGCAGAUCAGUGAAGCACAGCCAGUCUGCGUGUUGAUGUGUUGCUGUUCCUCGUCCUCAGUGAGAUUCUGAGGAAUACAUCCCAUCAUCCGUCACUUCUUCUGAAGUUGAAAGUAUUGAUCAAGAUGACAAAGUGUGAUCUUAUGAUCUUAAAUCUGAAUAGCAGUGUGACGCUGCCCCCUGCAGCCCUCCUCUCCUCUGCACACAGCUGGAGGAGCUGUGGAACUGUAAACGUUCACAGACGUGGCGUGCUCGUGUGAGGAAGCCGUUUAACACUGGUGACACUUGUAUUUGCCACAUGACCUGCCUCGUGUGCAUGUCCUCGCUCACCCCUUUGUGCCACUCGUUUCUUUAACACCUUCUCCUACACACAACACAUACACACACACACACACACUGCAGCAUGGCCAAACAGCUGGCAUGGUAAACCUACUAUGCUUAAUAACUGAGUAUUUACAAAGUGGAGUUUCUUUUUACUGACAUUAUGACUGUUGAGUGGAGCAGCACAGUGUGUGUUUGUACUCAGAAGGAUAUGUCUAGGCCUCAACUGUGCUGUUGCCACUAUUAGGAGAAACAAUGUGCUGGUGUUUUUCUGCUUUUAUUUUCUGUCACUUGUCCUUCACAGUGCCAUUUGAACGCCACAGUCCACAUCUUGACUACUGACUGUCAGUUAGUAUCAACCAUAACCUCUACACCACCAUAGCAGCCUCACGUUGCCAUGCCAAAAAGCCCGCCAUCCGCUCUGAACAGCUCAGAGGCUGGUGGUCAGCUCACUCCCCUGCUAUUGUGCAUGCCUGUGGUCAGUUAUCUCCCCUCGUCAGCGUGUGCUGCUGAACAGUGAUAUCAGAUGGCCGAUUUAAUCAUCUCAUCUGCCCCACACAGAGCACCCAUGCAGGGGUUUAACACAAAGACUCAUAACACUACAUUUGUAUAGUAACAUUCGUGUAUAAUGCACAGUGCAGAUAGCAUCACAUCUGUAACAGUCUGACUAAAGGAGCUUGGUGGCUGCUGCUUGAAUACAUGUUGAAUGUGCUGACUUGUCCACUGAUAUAAAUUUCUAACCCCUCUGUCCAGUGUCUGCCAUACUGACCUUUGCACAAAAGUCUGUAGCAUCCAGAGCUGUCAGUACAGGGUGUGCUCUCUGCUUUCCAAUGUUUAUGGUUUUGUUUUCCUGUCUUGCAUUUUUGGAUUGAUCGCUUUCUUAAAGAGGAAAGAUCAGAUCAUUUUGAACUCUUUGUUUUAGGCUCUGAAUGUGUCGGAUGAAGCAUUGUUAUAAAAAUGUGUCUUAAAAACAAAAAUAUGUUGAAAAGUGUAGAUGGAAAUAAAGAAUAUAUUCAUUAGA